UGGGAGGGACGAUAGGAACAAGACAAUAACUAUAACACAAAGAGGAAAAACGCUUCGAACAACCAAGACAUUAGAGGAUUGCUGCUGACACACAAGUGAUGUGCUCCUUCGAUGGCAUUUGACACCAAGGGACGUAGUCGACAGCGAGUGAAGGAAUGAAGUUUACAUGGACUGACCCAUGGAGACAAGGAGCUGGAGGCUAUACUCUGUGAAAAGCUCAUCUUUGCCCUAUUUCUGAAUAUCUCAAAAAAGUGUCAGCCGUGCCAGUUUUCAACUUGUUUCAGGACUGUGUGCUGUGACUGCCAUGCCCCUGUUCAGCUGGAUGAAAUGGUCCCACGACACAAGAGUGCAGGCUCAGAAUGAAGCAGCACCUUUGAAGACGACGGGGGUGGUACCCAGUGGCAUGUUGAUCAGAGAGCUCUUGUGGCAUGUAGAGGAACGUGAGCGGCUUGCGAGGGAGCUGGAGCGGGAGCACCGGAUGGCUCACAGCACAAUGGGUCUCCACUGGUUUCAGAAGUACCCCAGGUUAAGGACCCUCAUCCCCACAUCUGAGCUGCACCAACUAGAGUUCCUGUGUGCCCAGAUUCCGCCAAUCCACGCAGCCACCGUGCUCUCCAGGUUUCGUGAGGUGCUUGCCACGAACAGCAUAAGGCCCUGGGAGCUGGCAUCUGUCUUCAAGCAGGUGCUGAGGGAUUUCUUGAUCCAAAAGGAAUAUGAAGAGGAGAGCAACUUCUCUGUACAGCCAGCACAGCUCCGACCGAUGGAGGCUUGGACCAGCCGCUAUGUAAUGAAGCAGGGCUUUGUCACACCCACUGUCCCCAACUGUGGAGAGCACCACCGGGAGGAGAUACCAACAAUCUCGGGAUAUGUGGAUCGAGCCAUGCGCCACUCCGGUUCGCUCUCAGUGGCCAACAGGGACUGGGACCUUCCAUAUUACUAUCCAGUUCCUCUCAGGCCCACAGGGACAUACAGCACUACACUGUGAGAGGACACUGCUGUGGUUUUGUGUCAAGAAAAAACUGUUAUCACAUCCACAGUAUGAAGACAAGAUGCAAAAAAAGUGAUUAUUUGUAUUAGCUGUAGACAGAUCAUAGCUUGUGGCCAAAAAAACAUUAGUAUACAAUGUAUUGAACAGUUUCAUUACAAUGACUAGUUUGUCACCUGCUCUUUUUAAUCCUUACUUUAUAGACUGACUGACUGCCUGCAGCCCUGAUAAAAUCUGUUAGAUUUUGUACAGUUGGGCAUGAUAUUCAGAGGUAUAUUGCCAGAAGGCGGGGGUGAUGUCAUAAGCCACAGGAUAUGAAGAUGUGUGACCUGGGCCAAUGGUCCCAUUUGUAGCUUGUGAGUUUUUUUUAAAGUCAAACGAUGUACAUUUGUAACUGCUUGUCACAGGCCAAGUGUGUUUGAGUUUCAAAAAGUUCAACCAAAGACUGAUGUUACCCUCUCACAUUGUUUUAUCUGAACAGGUUUUAGAGUCCUGAAGAAUUAAAACUAUCAAGUUAUUUAACAAUUAAAAAAGCAGAACACUCUAAACUCUAAAUAAUUUGAGUGGUAGAUUUCUUCUGUCAACUCCUAAUUGUCAACCACCCUGUGACCCACAGGUUGGACACUGAGGUCAUGGCUCUCCUCUGUAUUUUUAUUUUCUGAAAAUGUGGGAGUUUUAGGUACCUCUGGAAAUUGUACAUAUAAAUUACAAAAAAUAAUCUCAAUGGAUGGUAUGAGUGGAUCUUUUUUUCUUUUUUAGGCUCAAUAUAGUACUUUCUGAAUUCCUUGCUGUGUGGAGAAGCCAGGAUAUAGCCCUGAAACCAUUAAACAUGUUUUACUUUAUAGGGAUACAUUUUUUAAAAACACCAAAAUGUCCUAAAUAGAUCAUGAUUUUGGGAAACCUCAUUUACACUUCCAUGGUUUAUGUGUGUCAAGAUAAGUAAGCUUUCCUCUGUGACACACGAU